AUGAAAUAUGACGUCAUCAUCGUCGGCGCAGGAUCUGCCGGCUGCGUCCUCGCCAACCGGCUGACCGAGGAUCCCGCACGCUCGGUGCUGCUCCUCGAAGCCGGGCCGGACUACCCCCUCGACCAGCUGCCCGACCAGCUCAAGUACGACAUGCUCCAGGCCGCCUCCGAGGAGGGAGCGGCCUACAACUGGUCGCUCGUCGGCCAAGCGACGCCCCCGUCCCCGUCAAAUCCGGCGCCGCGACCGGCCCACGUGGCCCGCGGCAGGGUCACCGGUGGAAGCAGCGCCAUCAACCACCAGAUCCUGCUGCGCGGCACCCCCGAGGAUUUCGACGGCUGGGCCGCCGCCGGCAACGACGAGUGGAGCUACCAGAAGACCCUGCCCUACUUCCGUAAGCUGGAGUCCGACGCCGACAUCCGCGACGACUUCCACGGCACCGACGGCCCCAUCCCGGUGUGGCGCCACUCCCGCGCGAGUUGGCUGCCGCUGCAGGCUGCCUUCUACCAGGCCUGCCGCGAAGCCGGUUUCCCCAACGACCCCGACAUGAACCACCCGGACGCCACCGGCGUCGGUGCCAUGCCCCUGAACAACCCCGGCGGCGUGCGAAUGAGCACCGCAAUCACCUACCUCGACGACUGCCGCCAUCGCAUGAACCUCACCAUCCGGCCCAACGUCCUCGCCAGCCGCAUCCUGUUCGACGGCAAGCGGGCCACCGGCGUGGAAGUCGAGAGUGAAGGCGAGUCAUUCAUCGUCGAGGGUGAGGAGGUCAUCCUCAGCGCCGGAGCCAUCCACUCCCCGCACCUGCUGCUGCUGUCCGGCGUCGGCCCCGCCGAUGAGUUGCUGCCCCACGGCAUCGCCCCUGUACUCGACCUGCCCGGCGUGGGCCGCAGUAUGAAGAACCACCCCUCCGUCUCCAUCGUGUUCCGCUCCCACCCGGACCACCGCCUCACCCCCGACAUGCCACGCAACCAAGUGGGCCUGCGCUUUACCGCCACUGGCUCCAGCCAGAAAAACGACAUCCAGGUCCAGCCCACCACGUCCUACCCGCCAAGCCAGACGCCCCCCGGCAUCCGUUUCGGCUGCCGGAUCGAGUAUCCAUAUAGCGAGGGUGUGCUGACCCUCACAUCCGCGGACGUCUCCGACCAACCGCACCUGGAUUUCAGAUUCCUCACCGACCCCAGUGACCUCCCCCGCUACCGCGACGCAGUGCGCCGCACCAUCGCGAUAUUCGACCAUCCGGCCUUCAAGGGACUUCUGGCGGAACGCCUGUCCCCCACAGACGCCGAUCUCGCCAGCGACGACACGCUGGAUAGCUGGCUGCAGCGGAGCGCCGGCAUCGCCGGCCACACCUCCGUCACCUGCAAGAUGGGCCCCGCAUCCGACCCGUCGGCAGUCGUCGACCAGUACUGCAACGUCCACGGCCUGGAGGGCCUCAGGGUCGUCGACGCCUCGGUAAUGCCCGACAUCGUUCGCGCCAACACCAACGCCACCAUCAUCAUGAUGGCCGAGCGCGCCGCCGACUUCAUCCGCCAUGGCCAGUAG